AUGGCUCGCUGGCGAGCAUCGUCUCUCGCAGUUGUUCUGUUCCCCUUUCUCGUCGCCAUACAUUUAUAUAUCGCGCCGUACACCAAAGUCGAAGAGUCGUUCAACAUCCAAGCGGCCCACGACAUCCUACACUAUGGCGUACCUCUGGGCCACAACGCCCAUCUCAGGUUCAAGGCACUGUAUGACCACAUGACAUUUCCCGGCGCGGUGCCGAGGACGUUCAUCGGCGCGAUGACAUUGGCGGCCAUUGCGAAGCCGGUCGUGUGGUUCCGCAGUACCGUCGACGGCAUGUCUCAACAGAUGCUAGUGCGCGGUAUCCUGGGCCUCUUCAACGCCGUCGCGCUGAUCACCUACGCGUCCGGGGUGCGUCGAGCGUACGGCGAUUCCGCAGCAGCAUGGUACGCUGUGCUCCAGGCCAGUCAAUUUCAUGUGUGGUAUUACGCGUCGCGGACGCUGCCCAACAUGUUCGCCUUUGGCAUCAGCACCUUGGCCCUCUCGCUGCUCCUGCCCGUCACGCCUUCGUCGAGUAGUACAGAGUCCCGGAUCCGACGGACGAGGCUGGCACUCUACCUGCUCACGCUGGCGGGGAUCAUUUUCCGCGCCGAGCUCGCCCUCCUCGUGGCAUCGCAGUGCGCGUACAUGCUCGCCCGCACCGGUGGGGAUGUCGGUUCCGCCAUCUCUCUCCUGCGCAGGGUCAUGGUCCCGGCAAUCCUCACGGCCACGGUGGCGGGUCUGGUGCUGACGGUCUCGAUCGACACCUAUUUCUGGCAAUCGCGCAGACUGCUGUGGCCCGAACUGGCGGCCUUCCUGGCGAAUGUCUUCCCCAAGGACAAUGGCCUGGGCGCCUCAGCCUGGGGGACCAGCCCCUGGCACUGGUACUUCACGUCGGCACUGCCGCGGCUCGUCAUGAACCCGGUCCUCCUGGCGCUUGGUGUGCCAUGGAGUUUCACACGGCCGGCGCUAGCAAUGUCGAACUUGGACCUCGUGGCCCCCUCGGUGGGCUAUAUCGUCGCGUACUCUGCACUCGCGCACAAGGAGACGCGCUUCCUGUUCCCCGUGCUUCCGCCCCUGACGGCCGCGAUGGCCCGCACGGCAGAUUACAUCUACAAGCGCGGCGGCGACCGCGACCGGGACGGUCAGCGACAUCUGCUUCUUCCUCCGCGCGUGCUGGGCAUCCUGCUCGUCCUCGGCACCGCGCUCACGACGCUCCUCUCCCACGCCGUGUUUCUGCCGCUGUCCGCGCACACGUAUCCCGGCGCGCAGGCCCUCUCGGCGCUGCACGCCCUGUCGCUGGCCUAUCCGCCGCAGCCGACCGUGCGCGUGCAUCUGACCAACCUGGCGCUUCAGACGGGCGUGACGCGGUUCCUGUCGACGCCUUCGUUCGUUACUACCACUGCUGCUGCCACCUCCGCACAAGCAGGCCAUGACAGACCGGUGCUCUAUCUCCCCGGCUCGGCCGACGGGACGAUCCCCGCGCUCUCGUCCAAGCGGCGUACGCAGUGGCGGUACGACAAGUCGGACAAUCAGACCGAGUUUCUCACCCCGACCUUCUGGGCGCAGUUCGACUACGUCGUGGUGGAAGACCCAGGCCGGGUGAUCGGCCGGUGGGAUGUCGUGGAUAAAGUCCCGAGCCUGGGUCAGCCGAGCGUGCUGAGACCGGACGUGGGGAGGGGGUUGUUGGUGCUGGGUGCGAAAGAGGAGAGGCGCGAGGAUGAUGGCCUGGCCAGACUGGUCGCGGCCAUGUAUGGUGCAUGGGCGAAGCGGGCGUACGGUGUCGUGCACGACAUUCUCAGGGAGGGGUACGGGCUUGAUAGGAUACUGGGACGGAGGAUCAGUCUGACGAUGGGAUGGUGGGUGCAUUGGGGCUUGGAGACGAAGCUGUACAUCUUGAAGAGAGCGGACGGGGGGGUAGUGCCGUAG